UCACUUUGUACUGUGGCCAGCACUGCGAUGCUUCUGACUGACUUAUUUUCAAGAUUCUCUUCAAAUUCAGGACCAUGAGUGCAACACGAAGAGUGUUAUCGCCUGCAUGGCGCGCCGUCGCAACCAAGCCGGUCUUCAUUCCGACGCGGAGCUUCGCGGCCUCACCCUUAAGGAAGGAAGCAGCUACUACGCUGCCUGCUAAGAAGCCCGUGGGCGCAUUCCGUGGAGGAAUCUUCGGCUUCCUCUCCGGCUCGGUUGCUGCCGGCGUUGUCGUCUAUUACUACAUAUUGGCUGAGUACAGAAUCUCCAACGAGAUGCUAACCGAAGAUAUCUACGCUCUCCAAACAGCUACCCAGAAGCUGCAGACUUAUAUCGGCGAGCUAGAAACCAAGGUCGACCAACUGAAGAAAAAGUAACCUAGCAUUGCAUUUUCCUGUCGUCUGUUUCUUCUCUUCAUUUAUUAAGGGUUUGUUCUCUUUCAACAUGCUUCUGCAGGAGUUCCUCGCCACGGGUCUUAGCAUAUCAUUUUUGGUCCAUUUUUUUUCUAUCUGAAAUGCAGUUUCUACGGGGAAUGAGCAUUGUAAAAACCCAGUCAACAAAAGACUGUAUUGCAUUUUGAAGGUGUAUGCCAGAUCUAUGCAUGCAAGUAGGUUCUACAUCAGAAGGGAUGUAC